AUGGCCUAUCAAAAUCUUACAACGUCUGAUACCACACCUUUGUACUAUAAUUCUGUAGUAGCAAUGUUAGACCGAGAUACUGAUUUACUUAACGCGAUACAGCAGCGAGAUAUACUGAAUGUUAUCAGAUUGUGUCCUAGAUAUUGGGGUACCAGAAACGAGGCGGGGUUAACGGCUCUGCACCUGGCCGUGAGAAGUUCGUUUUUCCUCGGUGUAAGGGUGCUCAGAACGUAUGAAGCACGUCUCCGUCUUCCAAAUGGACGAACUGCCCUUAUGGAAGCCACUAUACAACGAAGCAUCCGGACCAUUUUACUGUUGAGACGCUUUGAGAAACGCUGCCAAGACAGAAGCGGCAAGACCGCGCUCAUGUUUGCAGCUGGAAUGGGGUGUUAUAGGGCUGUGCACAUACUUGCUCCUCUUGAGAGUGGCUUGCGCGACACACAUGGUUUAACAGCGCUUAUGCAUGCCACCCUGGCCAAUUCUGUAUCGUGCGUGAGAGCACUGCUGCGCCACGAGGCCAAACAAGUGGAUCUUCAGGGUCGAUCAGCACUGAUCUACGCGGUAAUGUACGGCUGCUCGGCUGUUAUCCCUCUUCUGCUUAAGCUGGAAGCAGGGCUACAAGAUAACAAGGGGAACACGGCCUUCAUCUAUGCGUGCAGGUCAAAUUCUGUGUGGAUGCUGUCUCAACUCUAUCCUUACGAGCGAGCAAUUGUGAAUAAAAGGCGUCAAACAGGCCUUAUGAACGCAGCUAUGACACACUCCAUUGAUGCGGUUUCGUUCCUUAUAGCCAAAGAAAGGUCGUCUCUUCCCUCAUCUUCGCACUCUGAUUCAGUGAAGCCGCUGAAGCAGUCUCACUCGAGGAAAGGCAAUAUCUGCCGCACGUGCCUUGAUCAUCUUGUGCUCUGUUUUAAUCAUAGUUCCGUCUGCUCAAUGGCAGUAAGCUCUGCUUUGGAGUUCUGUAUGAGGCUGGCACUAGUUCUAUCGUGUCGGUUUCAAGAUCUCAAGGAAGAGGUGGUGCGAUAUUUCCCUGUGGUCUACCUUACUAUCGCUUCCCUACUGCAUGUGUAUUUGCUACCCAUUUAUGUCUAUAUAUGUCGGUUUCUUGUUCUAUUGCGAAGAGAUAUUAAGUUUCUAUUCACUACUAGGGUAGAAAUCAAAUUAGAGUCUAACGAAUUGUAUCUACCUAUAACAGCAUCUACCAAAAGUAGCUUCUAUACUCGUGGAAAGCGACACUUAAAAUAUUCUGCCGGAGCCAGACGGGACCUCGCCCAGCUGGGGUCUCAAGACGCAUACGGAUUCACUGCCAUGAUAUACGCAUGCAAAGUCAAGAACCUUCACAUAGUAAAGGCCCUAGCGCCCUAUGAGGCGGGAAUUCAAACGAUGAAUGGAGAAUAUGCUCUCUCCGUUCUUUUACGAAAUGCAGAUGAAAUUCCUUCGGUGCUCAUAGAUGCAGAAUCGCACCUCUGUGAUAAUGAUCUGAAACGACCAUGUGAAAUAGCAUUUGAAGCUGGUCACGUAGCAUUGGGGAAGAUGCUUGUAGAGCAGAUUGUUGACCCAUGCAUGACCAAUAUCGCCCACUGUUCUCGGGUCCGGGCAGCGCUCCUUGAGAUCGAGAGAGCCUUUGAAAUGAUGAUCAGCACACCUUCAUAUUUGGACUGGGCUGAGGAUGUGCUUGAAUUGAAGGAAAGCAUCUACAAUGCCAUUUUCGACUCCAUUAGCCCUAUUGACCAGGAUAUUGACCUAUGCCUUGACGUUUUGGGAUUUUUUGCUGGUGAGAACACCUGCGUUGUUUGUUACGAUAGACCAGCUAGCAUGAUAUCUCUUCCAUGCAGACACUUUAUUUUAUGUCCGGAGUGUAGCACAAAGCUGACCAAGUGCCCUGUGUGCAUGGUUUUGACAGAAAGCUACAUAUCUAUUUGA